GUCGUGGAGAGCUACGGGUCCUCGACAAUCCAUCAAAUAUUGGGCACUUUAAACGCCACAGAUGCCGAUUCGGGACGAAACGGGACAGUGCAUUACCGACUGGCUGUUCCAACUCGUGAUUCCGUUAGCCACGGGCGCCUAAUCCCUGGCUCCUCGUUGUCCGGUUCACAGCUCGUCAAGGUCACUCAUGAUGGACAGAUCACACUCUACGGAGUGAUCGACCGGGAACAAACCCCGAUGAUCAUGGUCGAUGUGAUCGCGGAGGAUAACGGGAUCCCCGUGCAUCAGACCGCGAUGACCACGGUCACCAUUCACGUGCUGGAUCUGAACGACAACAAGCCGCGCUUCGUGCAACCCGAACUAACCUCGGAUCGAACCAAUUCGGUGUCGGCUGGAACCAAUCCGCUACGUGAACCGUUCGGACUGGCGAUGCCGGUUACUUUUGAUCCGGUGUCCACCGACGCGACGUACAAGCUGAAUUUGAGUCUGGAUACCAGCAUCGGAGCUUUGCUGGCGAAAUUCGAAGCGGUCGAUCCGGACUACGGACCAAACGGAACAGUGGUUUUCGAAUUAAUUUACUCUGGCGGUACCAUCCAGCCUCGACCCGAAACGAGUAAUGGAUCCCUGUCCACAUUCACUCUACAUCCAGACGGUCGUCUGAUUCUGACCAAUCAUCUGGAAUUCGACACCAUCUAUACCGGAUCCACUCGUCUAAUCCCACGACGUUAUCGUCGUCCGGAUCACUUGCUUAUCCGUGUUUCCGAUCAGGGUCCGACCCCGGAGCAUGUGAUCACCGGAGUCCAGAUCACUUAUCAUGAUGCGUCUCCAAUUUUGAUCGAGUUCAACCGGGACGAGCAUGCGUCCGCGAGUGGUGAAACACAGAACCGCUCGAUCGGAGCGGCAUCGGUUGCCGCCGUUCCAAACGGCUCACCGGAUCGUGUGGAACGAAGACGAACCUAUCAGGAUGGAGCAUACUCCCGUCUAGCAUCAAAACAGUCCUACGCGUACAUUGGGCAGGGCAAAUCACACGGAUUACCGGUGCUCUAUAUUCUAGCUCUAGCAGUCUGUUUUGCCCUCGUUCUGGUCAUAACCAGUUUGGUCUAUCUGUAUUUCAAAAUGCGAAAACCGGUCGCACGAACACAAGGUGGAAAACAUGGAGGUUUGAAUUUCUAA